AUGAAGGCAGCCUUACUCGUGGUUGACAUGCAAGAGGACUUCUGUCCACCCCACGGAGUUCUUCUAGUCCAGGAAGGGCGCACCAUCGCACCUAUUAUAAACGAUUUGCUGGCACUUCGGGGGUUCGCGGUACGGGUGGCCACACAAGAUUACCACCCAGCAGACCAUAUCUCCUUUGCCAGCAGCCAUCCCCCUCCCAACAACCGCCCUUUUGAGAGUGUGAUCACGGUGAACAACCCAGCACCGGGGAAAACACAGGAAACCAAACCACAGAGCCUGUGGCCGGCGCACUGUAUUGAGAAAACCAAGGGCGCUGGAAUUAUCCCUGAGAUUAAUACCAGUAACAUCGACUUAUAUGUGAAGAAAGGUCAGCACAGUCAGGUGGAAAUGUACUCUGCUUUUGCCGAUGCUUUUGGGAAUGUUGAUCCUUCUAUCACGGCUCAAUCGGUUGAUGCCGAUCUCAAGGACUUCCUGGCUAGUAAGGGCGUCACGGACGUCUUCGUGGUCGGGUUGGCGGGCGACUACUGCGUCAAGCAUACAGCUAUUGAUGCCGCGAGGGUAGGCUUUAAGAGUUACGUGGUUGAGGAUGCCACUCGCUGUGUCGUGCCAGGUUCGGGUUGGGACGAGGCCAAGCGGGAGUUGAGGGAGGCGGGCGUAUCCAUUAUUCAAUCCAAUGGCCCUGAGAUUUCCGGUCUGGCAAUCUGA